AUGGCCGAAGUACUCGCAGUCGCCUCCGGUGCGGUCGGUCUUAUUGCCGGUGCCUCACAAGGCAUUAGGGCCCUCUCAGAAGAGAUCAAUCGCAUGCGAAACGCUCCUGAGGACCUCUCGAACGUCAGAAGACAGCUCCAGAGCGUCGAGCACAUCGUCGAGAGCAUCCGGAUUUCGGUCCAGGCUGAUGGUGCUGAGACAACUCCGGCCACCCAGAACGACACCAUCGUGACUGCGCUGAGAGACUGCAGCAACUCGUGCAAGAAUUUCCGUUCCGAGUUCCAAACUCUCUUGGUGAACGGAGAGCCCGGCCUCAGGGAAAGAUUCAGAGCCGCCUGGUACAAGAACAGAGUCAACGCUCUCUUGGCGGACAUCCAUAGCUGCAAGUCGACCGUCAGUCUUGCCCUCAGCGGCGCCAACUAUUUCGCAGCGUGCGAGCAGUACAAGCAGCUCCAGGUGCUUGCUACGAGAGAGUCGAAGCAACACCAACAGCAGCAGGGCCCCUCCGCUAGUGAGCAGAAUGCUCGCAUCGAUCAGCUGACGGCUGAGUUGGAGAGAGCCAUGCCGUGGGCGAGACGUUACCAGGAGCAGGUGGCAUUUCUUAAAGCGCAGGUCGACCAGCGACAGACCAACCUGGAUAUGGGCCAUGUGGAGAUGCUGAACUCAAGGGGCGCAGUCGGCAUCACCAACGCGGACGGAACUGAGGGCGACUUGAAUGUCAAGAUUGGCGAUGUGAGAGCUGAAAGUUCCAGAGCGGUGAUUGGAUACUCCAAGAAUGUGGACGUCAAUGCGCUCUUCAAGUGA